GAGGGUUGUACUACAUGAGCGGUAAACAGAGACUUGCUAUUAGGGGCUAACAACUGUGUUAUGUGGUAAACGCACUUGGUACCGUUCUGAUCGAGUACAUCAUCUUGGUGUCUUCAAAAAGCUGUAUAUACUGGCAAGUAAAGAAGUCGGUGCAGGUUAACUACAGCAAAUCCUGAUUUGAGGGACUGUAACAAGAGCAGAUAUGGAAAAUCAAACGUUCGAAUGCACAGAAGAGCAAACGUUUCAGUACCAAAGCACCCUUCCAUCUCUGCCAGUUCCCCCUCUCAGUGAAUCAUUGGAAAAGUAUAUAAAUGCAGUAAAGCCAUUUGUCAAUGAAACUGAACUUCGGAGAACCCAAGAAAUCGUUAAAAAUUUCCAACAUGGUAUUGGAAAAGAACUUCAACGAAAAUUGCUUGAACGGGCCAGAACUAAGAGAAAUUGGCUGGAAGAGUGGUGGCUGAAAUCAGCAUAUCUUGAAGUCCGUACCCCAUCACAGCUUUUUGUGAAUUUUGGAGGAGCUGCACCUUACAUUGAACAUUAUUGGCCAGCCAAAGAAGGCACACAGCUGGAAAGGAUUGGCAUAGCUUUAUGGCAUAUCCUGCAAUUCUGGGACCUAAUAAGAACGGAAAGACUGGCUGUACACAAGUCUGAAAAUACUCCUCUAGAUAUGGAUCAGUUUCGCAUGCUGUACUGCACUUGCAAGAUCCCAGGAAUAACACGGGAUUCUAUUGUCAGCUACUUUAAAACAGAAUCUGAAGGAAAAUGUCCAUCCCAUUUAGUGUUUAUGUGCCGAGGUCGAAUCUUUACAUUUGAUGCUGUACAUGACAAGCGAAUAAUUACUGCUCCAGAACUGCAAAGGCAGCUUACGUAUAUCAGACGGAGGUGUGACAGUGAACCUGAGGGACCAGGAGUUGCAGCCUUAACAUCUGAGGAAAGAACUCAUUGGGCAAAAGUUCGAGAAUAUCUUAUAAAUUUGGACCCCAAGAAUCUAUCAGUACUAGAAAAAAUCCAAAGCAGUUUGUUAGUCGUUUCAUUAGAUGAUGCGAGUCCGUAUGCGACACCCGAAGAUUAUACCCAGAUUUCCUUGGAGGCAUUAUCUGGAAACCCAACAGUACGCUGGGGUGACAAAUCAUACAAUCUUCUCUGUUUUUCCAAUGGAACAUUUGGCUCCAAUUGUGAUCACGCUCCGUAUGAUGCUAUGGUGUUGGUAGCCAUGUGCCACUACUCUGAUCAACAGAUUAAAGCGAGUGAAGGGAAGUGGAAGGGUUCAGAUGUUGUGCGUGACAUUCCUUGGCCAGAGGAGCUCAUUUUUACACUGGAUGAAAAGCUCUUGGAUGACAUUGAAAAUGCAAAACAGCAGUACUAUGAGAAGGCAUCUGACUUGCAGCUGGUAAGCUAUGCAAUCACUUCCAUUGGCAAGGCUUAUAUCAAGAAACUAAGACUUCAUCCUGAUACAUUUGUCCAACUCGCACUUCAACUUGCCUUCUUUCGACUUCAUGGACGACCAGGAUGCUGCUAUGAGACUGCUACAACCAGGCGCUUCUAUCAUGGACGUACAGAAACUAUGAGGCCUUGCACUGUAGAAGUUGUAGAAUUUUGUAUGGCUAUGUUGGAUCCAGCUGUUGACUUUGGUAGAAGACGACGACUUAUGUUAAGUGCCUUUGAAAAACACAACAAAUUAAUGAAUGAAUGCCAAAAUGGAAAAGGAUUUGAUCGUCAUCUUUUGGGUCUCUUUUUGAUAGCAAAAGAAGCUGGCCUUCCAGUACCUGAGCUGUAUACAGAUCCUGCAUAUACCAAAAGUGGUGGAGGUGGAAACUUCAUUCUUUCAACAAGUCUGGUUGGCUAUACAGCAGUUCAUGGCGGUGUUGUUCCUAUGGUACCACAUGGAUAUGGCUUUUUCUAUCGCAUCAGAGAUGACAGAAUUGUUGUGACAUGCACUGCUUGGAAAUCCUGCCCAGAAACUGAUGCAGAGCAGUUAUAUUGGCAUGUAGUCCAGUCUUGCCAAGAAAUGGUCCAGAUAAUGGCAGCACCCCGUCUUUAAGGGCUGACGACAUGCAACAGUGUUCAAGAUGAGAGCUUCUUUUCUCAGUUAUGAAAUGAGAAACUUUAUUAUGCAGCACAAUGCAAAUUCCUCGGUGGACGGAUGUAGCAACAAUUCAAUUAAUUUUGAUUUUUAUGCACUCAACAAUGCAGAUAGAUUAUGCAGUAUCAAUGCAGAAUUAUAACCCCCCCCCCCCCCCCCACAGAUGCACAGCAUAUUUUAUCCUAAUAUAUCAGCACUGUGUUUUUGGUUAACUUUUAGUACACAUUAAGAGUGAUACAGUUGUAAACACUUUAUAUUUUUACUUUGCCUUUGGGCCUAUUACUACAAAAACAGAAGGUGGGUUGGGCUUCACUUGGUUUCCUUACAUGAUAAACACAGUUCUGAAGGAGUUUGAUUCUGUCAAGCUUCAUGCCAGAGAAACAGUGGGCAUUUGCUAUACUGGAACUUUUUAUGUAUUUUAUAUGCCUUGUGGUGGGGGCGGGAAAGCUCUCAGUAACUUAAUGGUGUGAUUAUGCUAAUUCAGUGCUCAUGUUGCUAAAUAUUUUGGCAGUUAAUCCUUCUGUAAUCGUAACUGUCUGUGUUUGGUAUUAAUUACAAAAUCUGUCUCUUUUUUUAUCCUUUUUAUUGUCUGUUUAAUAAUUAUAGUUG